UUGGCGAUCGCCUUCACUCUUGUUACACAUUUGUCGACAUUAGACGAUCACGGACGAUUUCGUUAAAUAAUUUAAUUUUACAGUCCUACCUAUACUAGGUGAAUAAAAAAAAAGUGUUUGUGAAACCUAAGCGAAGAUGAAAAAAUUCGAAUUCGUAUCAAAAAGUGAUGUUUCAUCGUUCAAUGGAAAAGUAUUCUACGAAAUUUAUAAACAUGCGCAAUUCUUGAAAGAAAACGAUAAUGUAAAAACUAUAUUGAACAAGAGCUACCAGCUGCGCCAAAUGCUAAAGGACGUAGCUCCAGGCGAAAAAGUAAUGGUCAAAAAUAUGUGGCUCACCAAAGAAUUACCAUUAUUAGUGAAAAAGAGUGGCCCCAACAUUUGUAUAGGAUGCCAAGAUUUCACCACGAAUCGCGUGACCGGGCUGGCCGCAGCCUACGCGUUCGACCAGCGCCAUCGGUUCCCGGAGUUGCUGGUCAGCGAAGCGCUCAUGCUGGGCCUACAGUGGAACAGUAAAUGUGUGAAAACCGCCAGGCUGUAUCUCUCGGCCGUCAGCGGCACCGAGCAUUUCUACGAUCAAUUUUAUUUUUGGCCUUUUCUGUGCGCUUUAAAGAAACUCGAAAUUAAAAAAAUUACGCUACAGAUCGUGGUAAAAAUUGCCAAAGUGAAAAAUAACAGCGGCGUGCCGAUGGGCCGCGAUAUGAUGGAACAUCUGCAGACUGCCAAAUGCUUAUGGACGCAGUUCAAAGUUAACGAAACGAAUUUUACGACUAUGCUCCGUUUUCUACCAACGGAAUUGAAGCUUACACUAAAAUUAAAAUAAGUUUAACUGUAAACGUUAACUGAGUAUUCAUUUGUUACUUAUAUUGUAAAAGAUCUUUACAAUCUUGUGGCCUACGUAUUCGUGAAUGAAACAGUAUUCAAAUGUAUGGCAUUAGCCUAUUGUAACAUUUAAUAUUUUUGUUUUUAUUGAUCUGUACUGCGACAGAAAUUAUAUUAUUGUUUAUUAAUCUAUAUAUCUACCUUAUAAUUGCAAGGUUUUUUUUCCGUGUUUAAUCUUUUAUGUGUUUCUUACUUGUAUGUAAAGAUAAUAUUGAAAAUGUAUUUGAGAAUGAAAAUAAAAAUAACAAUACUAUUUUUAAA